AUGAUGACUAUUUCUCUAUUUAGAUCAAGACUUUGUCCAGAGCUUCAAAGGGAAUUAAUUCCUCAUACUGUGAAUACUUUAGAGAGGGUUUAUCAUAUGGUACAAGAAUUAGAGAAGUAUUUAAAGUCGUCUAAUGUAGUCAAGCAAACUAAUUCUCAAAGAUUGGAUUUUCAUGUUGGCACAUCUGUGACUCCAAGUUGUACGACUCCAACAUCUACGACUAAUUUAGUAAAAAUUGCCAAGGGAAAAAGAGUGCUAGUUGAUGCACGUGGUGGUGGAACGCAAAGAUGUUACAGAUGCCAAGGUUUUGGACACUUUGCUAUCCAAUGCCCAAUGAAGGGGGCAACAAUAAAUCUGUGUGCACACAUCAACGAACAAGCUAACAAUCAAAGCGAAUUUGAGGAAGAUAUUUAUGAUCCCCAACAACCUGAUGCAGAUUGUGGAAUCGACUUUGAAGUCCCUCAUCCAACAUUAGUAGUAUUAAGGUGUACUUUGGCUCAACCUAGGAAGGAAACUAAGGAUUGGCGUAAGACUUCCAUUUUCCACACUUACAUCAAAUCUGAAGGUAAGGUGGUCAUAGGGAGUUGUAUCAAUGUGGUGACAAUGCUAACUGUUUCACGUCUUGGUUUGUAG